ACUUCGUUCUCAAUUUUAUUUCCAGGCAAAAGCGUCUUGACAGACCCCAGGUUAUGGCGGCGAGGGCGUACGAAGCCGGGAUGGCUUUCCCAGCUCUAACUCCAGGGAAGAUUCGUCUUUACAGUAUGCGGUUUUGCCCGUUUGCCCAAAGAGACCUCCUGAUCUUGACUGCAAAGCAUAUUGAUCACGAAGUAGUCAACAUUCAUCUUGAGAAGAGACCGGAGUGGGCUUCCGAAGUCCUUCAGAACGGGACAGUGCCUGUACUGCAACAGGACGACAAGCGGGUCAGCGGAUCCAUGGUCAUCGCAGAAUACCUAGAAGAAGCUUACUGCACACCUAAACUCCUUCCCUCGGAUCCUUACCUGAGGGCUCUGGACAGAAGCUUCUUGGAAGCGGCCCUACCAGUUCUCCAACCGCUUUUAAAGUUUUACUUCAAGUGUGGAUCAGACGCCGAUGAAGACUGGGAUGCCUUUUGUGAGAAGGCAUACAUUUUUGAGCAAGAACUUGGUUCACGCAAAACAAAGUAUUUAUCAGGAGACAAGCCUGGCUUUGUUGACUUCGUCACUUGGCCCACAUUUGCAAUGGCGCAAGCACUUUCCACGAUUUACCAAGAGACGAAGAUGCCAACCGAUGAACAACGUCCUCUAUUCUCUAAAUGGUGCAGAAACAUGCGGCAAGACCCCGUCGUGACUUCUGUGAUAAACGAAGCGAGCACGCUCGAAUUCGUCAAAAGUGCCCGGCGUGGUGCCAGAGAUUUUAACGCUGGGCUGUGAAAGCAGUGCGUUGCCAGUGGGAUUGUGUCGCAACGAUUAUAAAUAGUGGUAUUUUGGAAGUGUUAAAAAGACAAAAAAAAAAUUUUAAAAGGUCUGCUGAUGAUUCAAUCUCACUUUAGAAACUCUAAGUAUCUCAGGAAACCGAAUAUAACAAUCAUGGUUGGCUUUAUAUUUAUUAUAUACAGAAUCAAACAUCGCGUCACGCACCUUUUUACGGAUAGUUCUAGAAACCCAGUGUUUAAAUUAUGCGUGGCCUCUUUCUCUAUCAAAACGGCAGCAAACGUCGCGACACGCCCAUUUGUCCAAAGCCUCCAAAAUUGUAUCGUGUGUAUGUUGAAACAGCAGGAAGGUAAUCAAUCCCAAUGGGUGACUGAUACUGAUCGUGUCCGAGUGGACCACGAUCAGUAUCACGUAACUCUCCCGAGGUACGGAAUAAUUUUUUCACGCAUCAAUAAUUGUUUUUAUAAACACGAGAUACUAAUAGACAGUCAACAUGGCUUUCGUCAAGGAAAAUAAACAGAAACAGCACUUUUAACAAUGAAGGAACUUAUCAUUAAAAAUAUUGAAGGAAAUCGGCUUACCCUCGGAGUAUUUAUAGACUAUAGUAAGGCAUUCGAUUACAUAAAUCACGAGAUAUUGCAAGAAAAGUUGCACGCAUACGGUGUCCGCGGUGUUGCCCAAUCGUUGUUUCAGUCUUAUCUUUACGACCGGAAGCAGUGCGUAUCAAUAUAUAAUAACAUUUCAUCUUCCAAAUUAGUUACUGCCGGUGUUCCACAAGGAAGUGUUCUAGGACCGUUCCUUUUCAAUGUGUAUAUUAAUGAUGUUGUUCAGCAAGAUAGUAACGCAGUCUACGUUAUCUAUGCGGAUGACAUGAGCCUGUUUAUUUCCGGAUGGGGUACAAAUGAAAUAUUUUAAAAGCUGAAAGGGAACUUUCGAAACUGUGGCACUGGUCCAAUGAGAAUGGUCUAAAAAUAAAUAAAAAUAAAUCUAAGGCUAUUUUAUUCAAAACUACACAUAAGCAGACACAAAUAAUACAGGAUAUAUUACUCGGUGAUACUUCUAUAUGAAAUAGUUCACAAACACAGGAUCCUUGGAGUUACAGUUUCUGCCAAUAUGACAUGAACAGAUCAUAUUGAAGCUUUAGCUAAGUCCUUAUCAUCGGCGACAGGAGCCUUGUCACGAUGUCAACACAUCCUUCCAUAUAAUGCAAAACUUCAUAUUUAUCAUGCCCUAUUCACUUCACACAUAAAUUACUGCACGCUCGUAUGGGGCACGACAACAGCAGGAAACGUACACACCAUCCUUGUUCUUCAAAAAAAAAAGCGAUUCGAUAUAUUGCUAAUGUGCCACGAUUACACUCAACCGCACAACUGUACACUCAGUAUGGUAUAAUAAGCGUAAAAAUAUAUAUGAAUUUCGUUUAUUGCAUUCUUUGUUCUUGCCAAAUGAAAGUUUCAGCUCCUUUUUAAAAAGGACAUCUGACUUAUCGAAACAAAUAAGUGACCCUCGCACCUGCAGCUGUGACAGGUGGUUAGUGCCGCGCCGGCGCACUGAAUACUUCUCGGAGUCGCUGACAUAUAACGUACCUUUUAUUCUAAACAAGUAUCUAGAACAAAAUAUUUACUUUGAUGCAUUUACUGGAAAACAAAUGCGAGAAUUUUUUUUUUUUUUU